AUAGAGAGCAACGGGCCACGGAGCUAACGCUGAGCAACAUGGCGGAAGAGGAGGUGGCCAAGCUGCAGAAGCACCUGGCCCUGCUCAGGCAGGAGUAUGUGAAGAUGCAGCAGAAGCUGGCCGACACAGAGCGGCGCUGUGCCGUGCUAGCUGCUCAGGCCUCUGGCCAGGGCUCCCCCAGCCCUGCAGCUGCAGACUCCUUCAUCAGCCGCCUGCUGGACAUCGUGGCCGACCUCUAUCAGCAGGAACAGUACAGUGAUCUGAAAGUGAAAGUAGCAGGAGAGAGUCUCAGUGCCCAUAAGUUUGUGUUGGCUGCUCGCAGUGAUGUCUGGAGUCUGGCCAACCUGGCCUCCACCUCUGAACUGGACCUGUCUGAUUGCAAACCUGAAGUUGCCAUGGCGAUGUUGCGCUGGGCGUACACGGAUGAGUUGGAGCUCACUGAAGAUGAUGCCUUUCUUAUUGACUUGAUGAAGCUGGCAAACCGCUUCCAGCUGCAGCUGCUCAGAGAGAGGUGUGAAAAAGGUGUGAUGUCUUCGGUAAAUGUGAGGAAUUGCAUUCGUUUCUACCAAACAGCUGAGGAGCUGAAUGCCACCACCCUGAUGAACUACUGUGGGGAGAUCAUAGCCAGUCACUGGGAUGAUCUGAGGAAAGAAGAUUUCAGCACCAUGAGUGCCCAGCUGCUUUACAAGAUGAUCAAAUCGAAAACAGAGUACCCUCUCCACAAAGCCAUCAAAGUGGAGCGAGAAGAUGUGGUCUUUCUCUAUCUCAUCGAGAUGGACUCGCAGCUUCCUGCAAAGCUAAAUGAACUGGACAAUAACGGUGACCUGGCACUAGACCUGGCGCUUGCUCGUAAAUUGGAAAGCAUCGCCACCACUCUGGUUAACAACAAAGCCGAUGUGGACAUGGUGGACCAGAGUGGCUGGAGCCUCCUGCAUAAGGCCAUCCAGAGAGGUGAUGAGUUUGCCUCCAUCUUCCUAAUUCGACACUCGGCCCAGGUGAAUGCAGCUACAGUGGGGGCGGUGGAAACCCCGCUUCACCUGGUCUGUUCUUUCAGCCCCAAGAAACACUCUGCGGAGGUGAUGAGCGGUAUGGCACGAAUCGCAGAGGCUCUGCUGAAGACCGGAGCCAACCCCAACAUGCAGAACAGCAAGGGCAGGACUCCGAUGCAUGAAGCUGUGGCAUCAGGGAAUGAGCCAGUGUUCAACCAGCUGCUACAGUGCAAACAGCUUGACCUGGAGCUCAAGGACCACGAGGGCAGCACAGCUCUGUGGCUGGCCCUGCAGUACAUCACCGUGUCUUCAGACCCCUCAGUAAACCCAUUUGAGGAUGACGCACCAGUUGUGAACGGCACCUCGUUUGAUGAGAAUAGUUUUGCAGCCCAGCUUAUCCAGAGAGGAAGCAACCCUGAUGCACCAGACACAGCCACAGAAAACUGUCUCAUGCAGAGAGCAGCUCGGGCUGGCAAUGAGGCAGCAGCACUUUUCCUCGCGACUCACGGAGCAAAGGUCAACCAUGUCAACAAAUGGGGUGAGAGCCCACUUCAUACAGGGUGUCGCUGUGGCCUGGCGAGCCUGACAGCAGAGCUGCUGCAGCAGGGGGCCAACCCCAACCUGCAGACCCAGAAGGCUCUGCCUGAUGACACCGUUGGUGUUGCUAUGCAGACCCCCCUGCACAUGGCCAUCGCUCACAACCACCCAGAUGUAGUCUCUGUCAUCCUCGAGCAGAAAGCCAAUGCUCUUCAUGCCACCAACAACUUCCAGAUCAUUCCAGACUUCAGUCUCAAAGACUCCAUGGACCAGACAGUGCUGGGCUUGGCCCUCUGGACAGGCAUGCACACCAUAGCAGCUCAGCUGCUGGGCUCAGGGGCUUCUAUCAAUGACACUAUGUCCACUGGACAAACCCUGCUGCACAUGGCCAUCCAAAGACAGGACAGCAAGAGCGCCCUCUUCCUUCUCGAGCAUCAGGCGGACAUCAAUGUUAGGACCCAGGAGGGACAAACAGCACUACAGCUGGCCAUCAGUAACCAGCUGCCACUGGUGGUGGAUGCCAUUUGCACAAGAGGAGCUGAUAUGUCUGUGGUGGAUGAUAAAGGAGACCCUCCAUUGUGGCUGGCUCUGGAGAAUGGCCUGGAAGAUAUCGCGUCCACACUGGUCCGCCAUGGCUGUGAUGCAACAUCUUGGAGCACGGGGCCCUCUGGCUGCCAGCAGACCCUCCUGCACAGAGCUGUUGAUGAGAAUAAUGAGGUCUCUGCUUGCUUCCUUAUCCGCAGCGGUUGUGACGUAAAUAGCAGCAGACGGCCAGGCCCUAAUGGGGAAGGAGACGAAGAAGCCAGAGAUGGACAAACACCCCUCCACCUGGCGAGCAGCUGGGGUUUGGAGGAGGUGGUGCAGUGCCUUCUAGAGUUUGGAGCUAAUGUUAAUGCACAGGAUGCAGAGGGCAGGGCUCCCAUCCACGCUGCCAUUAGCAGCCAGCACAAUGUCAUUAUACAGCUCCUCAUUUCCCAUCCAGACAUCCGUCUUAACAUUCGGGAUCGUCAAGGAAUGACCCCCUUCGCCUGUGCCAUGACGCACAAAAACAACAAGGCAGCAGAGGCUAUCCUCAAAAGGGAGCCAGGUGCUGCUGAGCAGGUGGACAACAAAGGACGUAAUUUUCUCCACGUGGCUGUGCAGAAUUCAGACAUCGAAAGUGUCCUGUUCCUCAUCAGUGUCCAAGCUAAUGUCAACUCCAGAGUUCAAGAUGCAGCCAAACUCACCCCUCUGCACCUGGCUGUCCAGGCUGGAUCUGAGAUCAUUGUUCGCAACCUGCUGCUUGCCGGAGCCAAAGUAAAUGAGCUGACCAAACACAGGCAGACAGCGCUACAUCUGGCUGCCCAGCAGGACCUGGCCACUAUUUGUUCUGUGUUGUUGGAGAACGGAGUAGACUUUGCUGCUGAGGAUGAGAAUGGCAAUAACGCUCUACAUCUGGCUGUGAUGCAGGGCCGCCUUAACAAUGUCAGAACCCUUCUCACAGAGUCCAACAUCGACGCUGAGGCCUUCAAUCUCAGGGGUCAGUCACCAAUGCACGUACUAGGCCAUUAUGGGAAAGAGAACGCCGCUGCCAUUUUUGAGUUGUUCCUGGAGUGUAUGCCUGAAUACCCUCUGGACAAACCAGAUAAUGAAGGGAACACAGUUCUGCUCCUGGCCUACAUGAAAGGAAAUGCUAACCUGUGCCGUGCCAUCGUGAGAGCCGGGGCUCGACUGGGCAUUAAUAAUAAUCAGGGCAUAAACAUUUUCAACUACCAAGUUGCAACCAAACAGUUGCUCUUCCGCCUUCUAGAUAUGCUGUCCAAAGAGCCCCCUUGGUGUGAUGGGUCCAACUGCUAUGAAUGUGUUGCCAAGUUUGGUGUUACAACACGGAAACAUCACUGCCGCCACUGUGGGCGCCUGUUGUGCCACAAGUGCUCUAUAAAGGAGAUCCCCAUCAUCAAGUUUGACUUGAACAAGCCGGUGAGGGUGUGUGACAUCUGCUUUGAUGUACUAACUCUGGGUGGGGUGUCGUAAUGCAGCGGCCUGGAUAUCCUCCACCCUCUCAGUUAUUCAGGCACACCAGGAGAAGGGACAUCAGUAGCAGGACAGUUAUGGACCAUCACCUUUAUACUAUUUCAGUCUAUGAAAAAAAACGUAAUGUUCUAGAGGGACGUUUCAAAUAGAAAGUGAAACAUUGUCUUUUUGUUUCUGUUUUGAUCUUAAAGUGGAUAUAAGACAGAAGCGCUCCAGCUCCAUGACGGCUGGGCUCUUUGUUAAUCAGUUUUCCAAAAUGUUUGUAAUUAUUUGUCACAAGCAGGACGUUUCAAUCCAAUGAUGAACAUUUAAAUCAAAUCACAAUUAGAGUUUUUUCUGUUCCUCUUCUCUGUUGCGAUAUUUCACCAUCAGCAGCCUUUAUGCUAUGUGACCUGCCCAAAGACAAAAGUUCAAUGCUACACAAUGCUGUCAACCAAGAGCAGAGUAAAUGUGUACAAUUGCCCUAGAUCACUUACAAGGACUGAACUAUCAGCAUGUUCUCUGUAAUCUUUCAUCUUUCACUCUUCUGUCACCCAAAUUCUGUGUUGACCGGAUAAAGUGGGACAGACGAGGAGGAUUUAAAGGGAAAGCAGCUUUUGUUUUAAAUAAAUGAGCAUCAUCAAAUGAGAUCUAAUCUAGUUAGAUCCAGUAUUAUUACAGUGAAAUUGUUUUACUUUACUGUCGGAGGUGAAAAAUGGCAAAACUGGACGAGGAUGGAAUUCCUCAUGAAACUGAGUUGUUUUCCACAGAAGCCUAAACGGCAAAGAUUCAAACAUUUUAUUUAUUUUUUUUCUCAAGAUCACUUUGUCAUUGAGGUCCUUAUCUUGAAAUAACAUGUUUUCUCGAGAUAACAAGAUUAUUUUGUCAAGUUAAAGAACCUUUUUAUGUCACGAGAUAAUGACAUAAUUCAUUUGAGAUCACAUCAAAGCAGUGUUUCGUAAAUUAAACUCAAAAGGCCACUGUGUCUCAAGAUCUCCACCAAACUUGACAUGCCAAGCUGACAUGCUUUGAUUGGGCCGCCGAUAAGGCUGAAUCUUGCUUUAACGUAUUGUUAUAUGAUGCCAUAGAUGUGUAAAGAGAACUGGAUACAGCUGUGGAGACGGGGCCUCGCUCAGGGCCUCGCUCAGGGCCUCGCUCAUUCCUGUAAAAGUGGCGUAUGAAGCCUAAAACGUUUGACCCAACACUGCUAUUUCAGGCCUGGUCACUAGAAUAAAAUUUUGGCAUUGUAUGUUUCUACAAACCACAGAUAUGUUACAGUUGUACAUUUUGUAUGUGUCCCAUCAAAGUUUCUAAAGUGAAGCAGUCCUGAUAAUAUGAGCUGAUUUUCUAAGACAAGAUGGAGGAGACAGUGGACGAUGUGACACUUAGGCAAAACAGCUGCCAAACUGCAGACCAAUGUUCGUGCAAACAAAACAUCUGCGAACAUCUGUGGUAUUUCUAGGCGUGAUUGUGCCACUAAAACCUGGAAUUUUAAGUCAAAACAUGAUCCCUUCCCUUAACCAAUUGUUUUUUGUGCUUAAACAUAACCACACUUUAACCACAGCGUCGUUGAAACAUAAAGAAACAUAGAGUUUCUUAACGCAUUCUUAGAUCAUGCCAUAGAUGUAUAAAGAGAACUGGAUACAGCCUUGGAGACAGGGUGGUGCAUGACGCCUUAAAAGUUCGACUUCCCAGGUAUAAAAUUACCCGGAUCUUCUGCAUCAUUGGGCCCAAAGAGCAGGCGCAAGAGAGACUUUCCCUGGCUGAGCAGCUAACUUCCGAUUUAGCCCUCCACUGACUUGAAACGGGGAUGAAAUUAUUUAAUUGUGCAGCUUUUCCAGACUUUCAAAAUGUUAACAGACCAAACUGAUCAAAUCCUGACGGUGAAAUGAGUCAUUAGUACAGGUUUGAGCUCAGAUAAAUGUAUCCACCCAUUUACAGACAUCUCAAUCCGAAUGUAAGUCCGUGAGGAAAAGUCUUUUUCAGUCCCAUGGCGGACAUAACCCUUCAGUUAUAACUUCACUGUAUGGCCACUGUGUAAAAUUGGCUUCAAAGCCCAGCGCUAUUCCUGGUGUAUGGAUGACACACGCUAAUGUGUAUUUCAUCUAUAACAGCAAGACAUAAAGUAAGUUCAGCCUGUGUUAGGCCAAAAUUGAAAAGAAAUGUAAUGUGAUGAUUUAUACGCUCUUGUUCAUCUGACAACAGCUGUUUUUGGACAGAAGGAACUUUUUAAUAGUUCUAAAAAGCCCCGUUUGUUUUCUCUGCACCACAAUAACUAGGAAUAAUCAUAGUUCUUUUAACAACAUUUUUAGGGACAUUUUUUAUCUCCUACUUGACAGUAGGUACCCUCCCAAAACAACUGAAUCAUGAGUGAUGUUAAGUGUAAGGUGAUUGGUCAAACACAGCCAAUGGAGCACCGGCAACUCCUGAUUUAAAAAAAUGAUCAGCCGUUAGCCAUGUAAACAACAGCUCAAGAAGAAAAAAUGGAAGCAAACAUGACAAAUGGGCAAAUCCAGGCUUUACUGAGCAUAAGUGUAACGUGGGAAAUACAGUGUGAUUUUGACUCAUCAUAGCUAUUGAGUGGUAGACUGGCCAACGUCACGUCAGAGUUCCUAUUGGCGGUGCGAUUGCAAACAGAAAAAAAGCCCUUGAAGGCCUGUUGUUCUCAGGGGAGCUCCCUAGUGGGUAGUUCCUUUCUGGUAGUCCCCAGAACUGUUUAGUGCAAUGGUUCCUGCAAUGAUACAGGCUUUAAAUAGACGAAGCUACUUUAUCUCGAGUUCACAAAGUGUUGUCUUUCUUGAGAAAUGACCUCAGGAAAACAUUUGGUAUUUUGAGAUGAUGACAUGUAUGACUUGUGAUCUUGAGAAAACAAUAUUAAUUUGUUACCAAGGGAAGAUGAAGGAAAUAAAAUGUCUGAAUCCAUGGCUGUUUGGGGCGACUGUAGUUUGUCUCUAUGAUUGGCACAUAGUCUAUCAUGUAUAGGCAUCAGUCAAAUUAAAUGGAACUUUUUAACAGGUUGGGAAAAUGUGACCUGAGACAGCCUAUUUUAUCACAAGAGGAAUAUAAAUGUGGACCCCAAAACAAAAUUCUCUCAACAAUCCUCCUCAGUUACAGAAAUGCCUGUUAUGCCUAUGCAUGUCAUUUAAUUUGUAGUCCUUACACGCCAUCGUCAUAAUCAUAAAUCAUAUUUCAAAACCAGUCACCAAAUGAUUACAUUCCAUUUUUAUUAUCUGCCAUGAGGUCCUCGUUGGAAGUCUUGAUCCCCACAAUGUUGCCUCAAGUCAAGUCGUUGUCUUGACCCCAUCACAUUUAACGCUUCUUGAUUUCUAAGCCUAACAGGUGCACUUUAUCAAGAUCACGACAUUUCCGAUCAUUGGGGAGAAUGUGGAGCAGAGGGACGGCCGAGUAGUUGGGCCUCUUUAAGUAUUGUUAAAUUGUACAGAUAAAUGUGUGAUAUUUUUGACCACUACAACUGUUUUGUACUUAAAUGCAGUUUGUGCUUGUCAUUGUGACAAACCUAAAUCUUGCCUCUGUUAAUCUUUUAUGCACAUUGUUUAAUCUUUUAUGCACAUUAUAUUGUAUCUGUAUGCUCAGAUAUCUAGCCUGUCUCUUCCUGGUGUAUCCUUUUAGAGAAAGGGAGGACAACUUUACAUAAAGGUCAUCAAAAACUAA